AUGAAGACAGUGGUGGACACCACUUGUUUGAUCUGCAGGCAUCGAGACACAGAAAAUAGAGACAAUGGCUACCUGAUACAGACUGAAAAGUGGAAGUGGUUUGCAGAGGAGAGCUGGGAGUUUGGAGGGAUUACACUUGGAGCAGAAGAUGGUUCAAGAGGAAAUAAGCUUAAACUGAUGCUUCAAAAACGAGAAGCCCCUGUUGCCAUUAAGCCUGAGGUGUCAGUGAGAGAAAACAAGGCCAAAGAGUUCUUAAGCAGCUUGAAACGCCAGAAGCGCCAGCUAUGGGACAGAACUCAACCUGAUGUGCAACAGUGGUACCAGCAGUUCCUGUACCUGGGAUUUGAUGAAGCGAAAUUUGAAGAUGACAUCUCCUACUGGACAAGCUUAGGCCGGCAGGGUAACGAAUACUACGGUGGAUAUUACCAACACCACUAUGAUGAAGAUUCACCAAUUGGUCCACGGAAUCCACAUACCUUCAGGCAUGGAGCAGGUGUCAACUAUGAUGAUUACUAAUGCCAUGUAUCCUGCUAUAGUUAGUAUCAAUAUGGCUGUGUUGGGCUUGGCUGAGUCUUCCCUCAGCCAGUGGUGCUGCUUUCCGACUAGCUAUUCACGUAAAACAGCAAGAAUAAAGGAACUGCGAGAUGCAACAUGGCUUUUUUUUUAUAGUUACUUAGUAGUACACUUUAUAUAAAGUGUUAUAGAAAUAAAGCUUUUUUGAUAAAAUAAAUAGCUUUCCGCUUA